AUGUCAUCCGAGGAGGAAGUGGCAAAGAUGGAGGGAAUGGCACCAAGGAGGCGCUGCAGCAACCCAGGUCAAGGUGGUGUGCCUGUGACAGUGGUGUACUACCUGUGCCGCAGCGGACGGCACCUGGAGCACCCACACAUGAUGGAGAUGCAGCUCGCCUCCCCAAAUCAAGCCCUCUACCUCAGAGAUGUGAUCUACCGGCUGGACGCACUGCGAGGGAAGGGCAUGGCCACCAUGUAUUCCUGGUCCUGCAAAAGGAAGUACAAGACCGGAUUCGUGUGGCAUGAUGUGAUGGAGGAUGAUAUGCUGCUCCCCGCCCAGGAAAGCGAGUAUGUCCUCAAGGGAUCCCUCUUGCCCCUCCGCCACUCAAAACCACCUAUAGUUGUAGCUGCACCACCACUAAAAGAUCAUGACCAGCCGAAUGUUGACACAACCAUUAUUCAAAAGGUCCCAUGUGUCAAGCCGAAUCCUGAUGAAGAGUCACCAACUCAUUCGCAAGAAGGCUGGACUGCUAAUUCAUCAUCAUCAUCUCCUCCCAUGGUUAAGGUCGACGUUGAGGAUGAAGCACCACCUCUAGCUCUGCACCAAGGGUCACAGCCAGCACUAUCAUCAAUAUCACCAUCAUCUUGUUGCACCACUGGGGAUGGAGAUGAGGAGACAGCAUCAGCACGUUCAAGCUGUUCAGGCAGCCACUCCUCUCCUAAUAAGCCAACAACAAAAGGAUCCUCAGGUGGCGCAAGCUCUCCCACUCCAUAUAGCCUUACGCUUCACAACAAGCAGAGGAUGCCAGGGUGCAGCUCUGUCAUCGCAGCAGCACAAGACUUGGCCACACAGACCCAAGGAACAUCAACAGGGAGGGAGCUUCACAAGGACACUAGUUGCAGUACUGAUAGCACACCAGCCAAGGAAACCAUACCUACCAAGGACAAGCAACCAGGAAAUGCAGGAUCUUUCUCCUCUAGCAGAAGUGGUAGGAGUGGGACCUUGGAGUCCCUGAUAAGGGCUGAGGCUCUUGGCAGAAGGGGUGCCACUGCUAAGAGGAUCCUAGAAGAGGACGACGACAGGGAAGCAGUACAGUCAUUGGCCACAAAGCUGAACCCUGCCAACCUGCUGAUACGACUCGUGGCUUGUGGGACGACCAUGUCUGCAAGGCAGCAUUUCCCUGCCUGCGGUCUCAUGCGAACAACGCACAAGCCCCAGUACUUGACCCAACAUGUUGAGUUCCUGCCUUCAUCUCCAGUCUUGUCUCCCCUUGGCACGCUCAUCAUGCGUCCUAGAAAUGCUGAUGGAGCCAGGGGAGUUUCAGACUCAAGAGACUGUGGCCAUUGCAGAGGGAGACUGCUUGAAACCGCAGAUAACAGGUGUGAAUCAGGCAAAGUGAUGUCCACCAUUGUUAGGCCCUCCUCAUAUUGUGACCAUAACAGUGUUUCUGAGAAAGAAGUCUCCAUAGCAAAUUUGGAUAAUUUGGAGGACAGAAGUAAACUUACCCCAGAAAAAAUCAGGGUGGCACCAUUUCAGCAACCCACAAGUGGGACAUUGGUAACCAUAACCACAGAUGUAGGUGGUGAACAAGAAUCCAAGACAUUGUCAAGAAGUACGAGCAAAAAGAUGAUCGAUCCAUCAUCACGACCUUCAAGAGUAGUAUCAUUCCAUGACGAAAGGGAGAAAGUGAUCAAGAUUGAAGAAAGGAAAACUGUUUACACUGGCACUGACACCGCAGCAGUAAUAGCAGUGAUUCAGUUUUCCCUUCAUUCUCGUGCUGCUUGUUAUGACUGCCAAGCUCCCUUCCAGAAUCCCCAGUGCUGCAGUUUCCCUUCUUCCAUGGUAAACCCUGGCUGGUCCAAACAAGACAGAUGA